AAAUUCAAAUGUCCUGCAGCAAAUGUCGCAGAGCCAGCAAAUGUUGCAGAAGGAGCGGCAGGUGCAGCAGUUAAUGAUGCUGCAGCAAAUGGAAAUGAAAACCGAAAUUUCACAGAAACAUCACCUAAUACAACAGCAGUCAGAUGGCCAGCGUGUUGGAUCUCAUCAACCACAAAUGAUGUCAGGAAUAUCUUCACCUCAACUCCAUAAGGCACUAUCUCGUCAGGUUACCCAACAUCCUUCUUCGCAAAUUGACCAACAAAAUAUCUUGGCAUCUCUUUCCAAAUCUGGGACGCCUCUCAAAUCCACAAGCUCACCAUUUGUUGUCCCAUCUCCUUCAACUCCCUUGGCUUCAUCUCCAAUGACGGGGGAUUCUGAAAAAGUUAGUGCUGGCGUUGCAUCACAUAAAAUAGCUGGAAACACAAUGCAUCAGCAAGCUACAGUUCCGAUGGAGUUUCAACCCCACACCUCUACUGUGGAAUGUAUACAGAUAUCACCAACACCUUUAGAUUCUUCAGCUCAGACGGGAAACACAAAUGGAGCUGAUUGGCAGGAAGAGGUUUACCAAAAGAUCAAGUCUAUGAAGGAGAUGUAUUUAUCAGAACUCAAUGAUCUAUACUGGAAAACUGCUUCUGAAAUGCAGCAGCAUCCUCAACAUGAGAAAAUUGAAAAACUCAAGAUUUUCAAGAUGACGCUGGAACGCAUUGUGCUUUUCUUGAGGCUUAACAAGCGUGAGAUUCAACUUCCUCACAAGGAAAAACUGUUUUCACUUGAGAAGUACAUUACUUUCUUUCUUAGUGGCAAAAGUCCGCACAACCCUACUUCUUCUCCAUUGCAGGGGCAACUUCCUUAGCCUUCCAUCCAUACCAGACAGGCACAAGAUAUAUAUGCACGUCAGUUGCCUAUAUUGGAUUCCGUUGGGCAAGAUAUUGCUUCUGAGUUUGAUAGACUUCUGCAUUUGAUUACUUAGAUGGUAGUUAUAAUGGAUUGUGUUAUGUAUGAAAUGGUUUCGGUACUUUUGGUAUUGAUAGAUUGAGUUGUAAUUUUGAUGGAUUGAGUUUUGGUACUAAACUUGAUGAGCGUUUGAGCACUCGAAGGGGUUGUGUAAAGUACUCGUGAACCAACUUAUGCAUCCUACCCUAGAUUAUUUAGAAAGCACUGUAAUAGUGCAAUUAUUCUGAUAAAUUACUUAAAUUUUACGUGGAAACCCCGAUUAAUGUUUGAAAUAUUCAUCUCCAAUUUUUUUCUAAUGUUUGAAUCUUAACACUCUUACAAACAAAGGUCACAUUUCUGCUCGAAAAAAAUUAUGGCCUCAAUAGUGAAAUUUAGUUGUGGGAUUGUCUUUGCAUAAUCUAAGAUUGUUUUGUUUAACCUAUUUAUAUAUUUUAGUCACAAUAAUUGAGGAACAAAAUAAAAUGGAGCGAAGAAAUUCUUUUUAUCGGUAUGAUUAUGUCACAAAUCAAAAUUUUAUUGGUAUUGAUACACAAUAACACACUUUAAAAGAUUAGAGAUAAUACACAAGUACUUUCUCAACCUAUGUCUGAAAUUCAGAAACACACUUAUAUUAUACUAAGGUCUUAUUACCCCUGAACUUGUUUUAUUAAUAAAUUUCGACUCCUUUUCGGUCUA